CAUAAUAGGUUCGGCUUUAUUAUAAGGGCUUUUGUUUUCAUUUUGCAUUAAAUUGGCAAAACAGCUUUCCAGAAACUCUGGGUGCAUUGUUCCUUUUUGGUAUAUAAGAGCUGAUGUUUCCAGUGCUAAAUCAGUUCAACAUUCAACUUGAAUCAACAUGAAAUUCAUUCUGCUCCUCGCUUGUCUCUGCGUCUACGUGGCCACCCUUGAGGCUCAGCGACCCCCUUGCAAGGGAAUAGUGCCUCCAUGGUUGACCAAUUGUGUUGGAGGCAAGAACGAGGGCAGGGGUAACCUUCGCUCGUGCGCCAGGAACGCGAAUUCCAGAAUGUGGUGGUAUGACAGUAGGUCCCGAUCCUGCAAGAAGAUGGCCUACAAGGGCUGUGGCGGCAACAGGAAUCGCUAUUGCACCCGUGAAGCCUGCCGCAGAGCGUGCCGAAGGCGCAACUGA